UGUCAAGUCAUCUUGUGAAAGGCUGCUUGCUUCCAGCUUGGCUUGAAUGUGCAACCUUAAUAAAACUCACUGAAGUCUGAGAGAAAAUAGCAGUUCUGCUGCAGAUAGUGUAGGGGAAAGAGACUGGGAUAUGCAUAUGCAGCUGACUAAAGCAGGCUACAUGCUGGACUGUAACAGAGAGGAAACAAUAAAUCUUAACUACUAUGCAAUAAAUAUUCCCAAUUUUAACUAAGGAAGUUAUUCUCAUAGUUAAAUUUAAAAGAAAAUAACAAUUUAUCCAAGCUUUAUUAUCAAACUGUGCUUUUCCAGUCCUUUUUUUUUUUUUUUCCUAGAAACUUUAAAAGAAAUUAAGAAAAAAACUAAAGAAAGAGGAAGAAGUUUUUCUAAGAGUGGGAAAGGAAAGUAAUAGUAACAUGUCAGUUUUCCUUUCCUUUGCUUUUCUGGCAGCACUCCUUGCUCAUAUAGGCUGUACCACUCAGCGCCGGGGUCCGGAAGCCAGUGGAAGAAGAUUUAACCGGAUUCAGCACGGGCAGUGCACCUAUACUUUCAUUCUGCCAGAACAGGAUGGGAACUGUCGUGAAAGCACGACAGACCAGUACAACAGUAACGCUCUUCAGAGAGAUGCUCCUCACGUGGAACAGGAUUUCUCUUUCCAGAAACUGCAGCAUCUGGAACAUGUGAUGGAAAACUACACGCAGUGGCUGCAAAAACUUGAGAGCUACAUUGUGGAAAACAUGAAGUCGGAGAUGGUGCAGCUGCAGCAGAAUGCUGUGCAGAACCACACCGCCACCAUGCUUGAGAUAGGGACCAGCCUCCUCAGCCAGACAGCAGAACAGACAAGAAAACUCACGGAUGUUGAAACACAGGUGCUAAAUCAAACAUCCAGACUUGAAAUUCAGCUACUGGAAAAUUCACUAUCAACCUACAAGCUGGAAAAACAGCUGCUACAACAGACAAAUGAAAUCCUGAAAAUUCAUGAGAAAAACAGUUUACUUGAGCACAAAAUUUUAGAAAUGGAAGAAAGACAUAAAGAAGAGAUGGACACUUUGAAAGAGGAAAAAGAGAAUCUACAGAGUUUGGUCACUCGGCAAAGCUACAUAAUCCAGGAACUAGAGAAGCAAUUAAACAAGGCAACAACUAAUAACAGUGUCCUGCAGAAGCAGCAGCUUGAAUUGAUGGAUACAGUUCAUACUCUAAUUACCCUGUGUUCUAAGGAAGGAGUUUUACUUAAGAAUGUGAAGAAGGAGGAAGAAAAGCCUUUCAGAGACUGUGCAGAUGUAUACCAAUCUGGUUUUAACAAAAGUGGUGUCUACACUAUUUAUAUUAACAACGUUUCAGAUCCUAAAAAGGUCUUCUGUAAUAUGGAAAUCAAUGGAGGAGGAUGGACAGUUAUACAGCACCGAGAAGAUGGGAGCCUGGAUUUCCAGAAAGGCUGGAAAGAAUACAAAAUGGGUUUUGGUAGCCCAUCAGGUGAACAUUGGCUGGGAAAUGAAUUCAUCUUUGCAAUUACAAGUCAGAGGCAAUAUUCUCUAAGAAUUGAAUUAAUGGACUGGGAAGGAAACCGGGCUUAUUCACAGUAUGACAGAUUUCACAUAGGAAAUGAAAAGCAAAAUUACAGGCUUUAUUUAAAAGGUCAUAGUGGAACAGCUGGAAAACAGAGUAGCCUGAUCCUGCAUGGUGCUGAAUUCAGUACAAAAGAUGCUGACAAUGACAACUGCAUGUGUAAAUGUGCUCUCAUGUUAACUGGAGGCUGGUGGUUUGAUGCCUGUGGCCCCUCCAAUCUCAAUGGGAUGUUCUAUACAGCUGGACAAAACCAUGGAAAGCUCAAUGGUAUCAAGUGGCACUACUUCAAAGGCCCCAGCUACUCCUUGCGUUCCACCACCAUGAUGAUUCGGCCCUUGGACUUUUAAAAGCUUUCAGUGGUGGAUCUGAGAACAAACCAGAAAGUCACUGCCCUCAGCAGCCCUACUAUCACUGUCUGAGGUAAACGGUGAAGGGCUUCACGAAAACAACAUACAGGGAUAGGGAUGCUGCAAAGUCACUUCAUUGUCACUCAGUAGCCUUCAAAAACUGCCCUUCAGUAACCCCAUGUCUUGAUGGCUUGGGGAGGCUUGGUUUAGAAGAAAGUGUCUGCAGUUUUUCCAGAGAAGAACAAUUGAAUCCAGAUCCUCUAACUGAAUCCAAUGUCUGUCAGUUAGUGGUGGGCUUUUUAUGUUGUUGUUUUUUGGCAGUGUUGUUGUUUUCUUAAAUAUAUAUGUAUAUAUAUAUAAAACAUGCAAAAAACAUACCAGGUUAUUCAACAACGGCAUCAGAAUUUGAAACUAUGAAACUCUUAGGUCCACUAAGAAGAAUGCUUUUUAAAAAUGAAAUGCCACUAUUAUGAAAAAAAAAAUAAUUAUAGAGACUCCUUUUUUAAAACUCAUGUUAAAGAACUGAAGGUGACCACUCCAAAUAUCAUUUUUCUAAAAUGAACUGAAUUUGAAUAAAUGAAUGAUUUAUGUUAAUCCCAGAGUCCAAUGAUUUGUGCUAAUAUUAUUUUUUAUUAAGUCUUUGAAGGACGUUUCUCAUAAAUAAACUGAGUCAAAUGUAUGAAGAAUGAUAAGGGUAAGAAGCAUAAAUCAGUUGCUCUGUAGAGGUAAUUGGCAUAAUCUCUGAGCUAGGAUUUAUAGCGUGAUAACAAACGUAGAUGAAUUUUGAGCCUUUUCCCUUCUUUCAUUAAAGGAGGUCUGAAUGUCACAUAUAGAAAUUGAUGAAAGGUUAAGAGACUGUGAAAUAUUAUCCUAAAGAAAAUAUAGGAUUUUGCAUGGAAUAUUUCCAUUGAAAGUACACAGGAAGGCAAAUUGCUAGGUUAUAUAAAAAAUGACAUAAAUGCUUGGCUUAAGUCAAUGAAUUCAUUGUACAAUAUCCUUGCAUGUGCACAAUUUAUGAUUAAUUAUUUUACGUUUAUACUAAAUUUUCAUUUUUUCACUGUAUUAUUACAUUUUUGUGAGUAUCAAAAGCAUGCCAGUUCUUCUCAGUGCUUAGGCUACAACUAUAAAAAAUACUCAUCGAUCUGUGUAGAAAAAAAGGAAUUGUGAAAUGUAAAUAGCAUGUAUAUUUCCUGUGAUGGUCAUUUAAUUUGUACAUGCAGCCCUGACCCUACUCAAAGAGCAUAAAACCUCAAGAGAAUAUAAGUAUUAAAGAACUUUAGAAGACUACUUACAGUUUUCUACAGUCAAGACAAGGAAUUCUGUUGUAUUAAAAUGUUUCAGAGUUGUGUGGAGAGAUACAUAAUUCAGCUAUAGGUAAGUAUAAUGUCCCUGUCAUAACAAUCAAAAAAGUAGUUAGGUUGCCCAUAGUCCCUUGUGAUUUAAUCAUGUGAAUAAAGUAAAUCUGGGAAAGAAGCUUGUACUCAUUCUACUUCUGCUAUACAAAAAAAAAAAAAAAAAGAAAAAAAAAAAAAGCAAGCUUGACCUUGCUCCCAUUUAAAUCAAAAGUAACAUUUCUAUUGAUUAAACUGGGACCAAGAUCAUGCUUAUAAUUUGAAUGUGGUGAUUGUGCUUGUCUGUUUGUUGAUUAAGCUGUUUGUUUGUUAAACUCUUAAUGAAAUUAGGCAAAAUGAAGAUCAAAUACGUUAGCAGAGAAACUUUUGUUUCCUUUAGCAGUUUAUUUUAAUGGAAUGGAAAAAAAAAGAGCUUGGAUUUUUUAAACAUCCCUUCUUAAAGAACACAAAGCCCACAAGGUUCUCUGGUUUUGCUACAACUUGAUGUUUGCUUUUUUAAAGUGGGAAGCUCUUUCCUUUUGUGUAUUUGUAUAUAUUUAUAUAUAUAUUUGAAAUAAUCCUGCACAAGGGUUAAUUUGCUGUUUUCUGCUGAAUAAGUUACCAAACUACUCCUUGCUCAGCAGUUUCUUCACAGGGCUGCUUUGUCUCAGUUUCCAGCAGUUUUAUGAAAUGUUCUUCAUUUAUGUGCAAAGACUGAAGUCCAUCCUCAACUGUGUUCUCAACAGAUAUAUAUUUCCUAGUCUCCACAUUUGGAAGGCAGUUUUUGCAGAAUGUAAUGCAAAAAGCAAAACACAUUCAAAAUCAGCAGCAUGAUAUUUACUGUUUAUUUAUCUUGGUUUGGGGAAAAAAAAAAAAAAAAAAAAAAAAAAAAGUGGAUUUGAUUUCCUAUCCUUUAUAAUAAAACAUUUCUUAAAA